AUGUCCCAGACCACAACAAUCGAAGUACCCGAGGGGCCGAGGACGGUGACCUUGAUGAACGGAAGCACAUUCUCGUUCAACUCCAACAUCUCAACCACUCUCGAGAAAAUCCCGGUCGUCGACGCGGGCAGAAUAUGGAGCGAUAAUCUUGAGGACCGAAAGGCCGUAGCGGAGGAGAUUCGGGAGGCGUCGCGGAACAUCGGAUUCUUCUAUCUUGUCAAUCAUGGAAUCGACGAAUCGUACUCAGAGCGGACGUUCGAGCAGGCAAAGCGGUUCUUUGCUCUUCCUGAGGAGAAGAAGAUGGAGGUUUUUACUGGGUUGGUUCCGAACGAGUACGUAGGGUUUCAUCCGAUGGAGUGCUAUAAUCGGAACGGGUGGAAGCAUCAAGACUUGAGCGAGGCGUUCAACUGGUCGUACGAUCCAAGAGAGGACCCAGAGGCAGCGGAGGAUGCUGAGCCAACCGUCAGUAUAUGGCCAUCAGGCGUGCCUGGCUUUAGAGAAGGCCUCUAUGCAUACCACGGACAGCUCCUGAAGUUGGCACGUCGAUUGACUCGGAUUUUUGCCCUCGCUCUGCAUCUCCCGGAAAACGCUUUCGAUGAGUACGUCAAGCGACCGGAAGCGGGUAUGCGUAUUCUGCACUAUCCGGAACAAAAGCACUCGGUCGAGGAUCAGAACGGUAUCGGCGCCCAUACGGACGUAGAGUGUUUCACGAUCGUGACGCAGGAUAUGAGCGGCGGCCUCGAGGUGCUAGGGAAGAACGGCAACUGGAUCAAGGCGGAGCCAAUUCCGGGAUCAUUUGUCGUCAAUAUCGCGGAUUGUUUCAUGCGGCAAACCAAUGACUUCUUCGUGUCGACUGUUCAUCGCGUCAUCAACAAGAGCGGGAAGGAGAGGUACUCGGCGCCGUUCUUCUUCGGAUUCGAUCGACGGAGGCUCCUAGAGGCUAUUCCGACGUGUGUCAGCGAUGAAAAUCCAAUGAAGUAUCCAAUCAUGACUGGGGGAGAGUACUAUGCAUGGAGGUCGAACAAGCAAAAGAGCAACAAUGUACAUAACACGAAGAUGGCCAGAUAG